AUGAAUAAAAUGAAGAGAGAACUUAUUUGCCUACUGCUGCUUUGUGGAGUAGUCUUCACUUUGUCCAGCCAGGAAAGUCAUGUCCGAUUCAGAAGAGGAGCCAGAUCUUACAAAGUGACCUGCAGAGAUGAAAAAACACAGAUGACAUACCUGCAACAUGAGUCAUGGCUGCGCCCCAUGCUCAGAAGCAACCGGGUGGAAUACUGCUGGUGCAACAGUGGCAGGCCGCAGUGCCACUCUGUGCCCGUGAAACAUUGCAGUGAACCAAGGUGCUUCAAUGGCGGGAUAUGUUGGCAGGCUCUAUAUUUCUCAGAUUUUGUCUGCCAGUGCCAUGAAGGAUUUGUGGGGAAACGAUGUGAAACAGAUGCCAAGGCCAUGUGCUAUGAGGACCAGGGAGUCACCUACAGGGGCACGUGGAGCACAGCGGAAAGUGGGGCUGAGUGUGUCAAUUGGAACAGCAGUGCACUGGCCCUGAAGCCGUACAAUGGGCGGAGGCCCAAUGCUCUCAAGCUGGGCCUUGGGAACCAUAACUACUGCAGAAACCCAGACCAAGACUCAAAGCCCUGGUGCUACAUCUUUAAGGCGGGGACAUAUAGCCCAGAGUUCUGCAGCACACCAGCCUGUACCAAGGGAAAAAAUGAGGAUUGCUACUUUGGAAAAGGGCUAGAUUACCGUGGUACCCACAGCCUCACCACAUCGGGUGCCACCUGCCUCCAGUGGAAUUCUUUGAUCCUGAUAGGCAAGGUUUACACAGCAUGGAAGAGCAAUGCCCAGGCACUGGGCCUGGGCAAACACAAUUACUGCCGGAAUCCAGAUGGGGAUGCCAAGCCCUGGUGCCAUGUGCUGAAGGACCACAAGCUGACGUGGGAAUACUGUGACAUGCCCCAGUGCUCCACCUGUGGCCUGAGACAGUACAAACAGGCCCAGUUUCGCAUUAAAGGAGGACUCUACGCAGACAUCACCUCUCAUCCCUGGCAGGCUGCAAUCUUUGCCAAGAACAGGAAGUCACCAGGAGAAAGGUUUCUGUGUGGGGGAAUACUGAUCAAUUCCUGUUGGGUCCUGUCUGCUGCCCACUGCUUCCAGGAGAGGAUUCCUUCCAACAACCUGAAGGUGAUCUUGGGCAGAACAUACCGGUUGGUCUCCGGAGAGGAGGAGCAGAAGUUUGAAGUAGAAAAAUACAUCGUCCAUAAGGAAUUUGAUGAUGACACUUACAACAAUGACAUUGCAUUGCUGCGGCUGAAAUCUGAUUCAUCACACUGUGCCCAGGAGAGCCAGAGUGUGCGCCCCAUCUGCCUUCCUGAGGCUGGCCUGCAGCUGCCUGACUGGACCGAAUGUGAGCUUUCUGGCUACGGCAAGCAUGAAGCAACUUCUCCUUUCUUUUCUGAACGCCUGAAGGAGGCUCAUGUCAGACUGUACCCAUCCAGCCGCUGCACGUCACAGCAUUUGUUCAAUAAAACUGUCACCAACAAUAUGUUGUGUGCUGGAGAUACUCGCAGUGGAGGGAGCCAAGUAAACCUGCAUGACGCCUGCCAGGGUGACUCAGGUGGCCCUUUGGUGUGUAUGAAGGACAAGCGCAUGAUUUUGGUUGGCAUCAUCAGUUGGGGCGUUGGCUGUGGUCAGAAAGACAUUCCAGGUAUAUAUACCAAGGUUACCAAUUACCUAGACUGGAUUCAAGACAAUAUGCGACCAUGA